GGCUGCGAGGUCGAGAGGGAGAGCACGAGCCCACCUCCCGUUUCCACCCCCCUCUAUCCUAUGGAUAGAGCCGCCGCGACAGCCAUAGAUAUCAUCGUCAUGAUCCCAUCAGCGCCUUCGCCUUUGUAGCACCACCUCACCCCCCGUCUCCUGCCUGGACCAGAUUUGAUCUCCAUCCUCGCACCUUCCUUGGGAUCUUUUCUUUUAUUUAUUCUCCUAGGGGGGAGACGAUGGCAGAAAUGGCCGUCACCGUCGCCGCCGGGACCCUCCGUCCCUGCUCCGGCGUGUCGCCGGCGGCGUCCGGGAACCGCCGUCUCGCCGGCUGGCGCCAACUCGCGCCGGCGGCGCCCGCUAAGCUGAGAUUGUCGUCUCCAGCUUUGAGGGUUCCUAGAGCUGCUUCGCCUGCAGCUGUUGAGCAGGACGGGAGCUCUAGCAACACUGAUACAGUUCCUACACCGAAAGUUAUAAUAGACCAAGACUCUGAUCCAGAUGCAACUAUUGUGGAAGUAACCUUGGGUGACCGUCUUGGGGAUCUUCUUGAUACUAUGAGCGCCCUGAGGAAUUUAGGGCUAAAUGUUGUGAAAGCUAGCGUCUGCCUCGAUUCUUCUGGCAAGCACAACAAGUUUGCUAUAACAAAAUCGUCGACUGGUCGCAAAAUUGAUGAUCCAGAGUUGUUAGAAGCAGUACGACUGACAAUUAUUAACAACAUGCUCGAAUAUCAUCCUGAAGCUAGCAGUCAAUUGGCCAUGGGUGCUACUUUUGGGAUAGAGCCUCCUACAGAAGUGGUUGAUGUGGACAUAGCAACACACAUAGACAUCUAUGACGACGGUCCUGAAAGAAGUUUACUUGUUGUGGAGUCAGCUGAUCGCCCAGGGUUGUUGGUUGACCUUGUUAAGAUCAUCGCUGACAUCAACAUUACUGUCCAAUCCGGAGAGUUUGACACCGAGGGGCUACUGGCUAAAGCAAAAUUCCAUGUCAGUUAUCGGGGCAAGCCACUGAUCAAGGCUUUGCAACAGGUUCUUGCUAAUAGCCUGCGCUAUUUCUUGAGGAGGCCGACAACAGAGGAUGCCAGUUUCUAGACCCCGCCUUAAGACAAUCCGUGUGAUGAUGAUUGCAUGAAUUCAACACUAUCAUCCACUUUAUUCUUGAAAUAUGCACAAUUCCCAAAAGACAGGAGGUAUACAUCUUAUAGUGCGUACAAGUCUGAGCUAUCUUCAUUUGAGGUUAAGUCCAUCCUGUAUGAAGUGAAGUAGCCUUCCAAGCUUACAUGCUGGCAUGAUUCUUAAGCAUGUAACACAUGAUUAUUUUGCUACCGGGGAUGCAUGUUUGAUGAUAAAAUAAGAUGGCGACUUGUGGGGCCAAUUAUCAGC